UGAGUCAAUCACUGAACGGAGGAUAACAGGAAGUAUAACUGAAACGUGAACGCAGUAGUUUGAAUAUGCUUGACAUUUAUUUUUACCGUCAUACAGUAAACAAUAAUAGUACGCUGCUAAUAUCUGGCGUGUAAAAAUGAAUUUGAUGAGAGGAUACGAUGUGUGCUGCGGACUUGAGAACCUGGCCGUUUAUGUUGAACGAGGUGAAGAGUCUCUGCUACAAUUUGAGUACUCUCCAGAGCAUGUAAGCGGGCCUGGUGCUGAUCAGGAUCCCAGUGAGAUUACCUAUCUAGGAUGUGACUGCAUGUCUACUUCCUGUAGGCCGGACUCCUGCUCUUGUCUUCAGCACCACGGCGAGUCGUACCAUGAAAACCUGUGUCUCAGAGACUGCGAAGGAAAGGAGACCGACUUUUCCAGGCCUGUUUUUGAGUGUAAUGUCAUGUGUAAAUGUAGCGAAGCCUGCAAGAACAGAGUUGUGCAGAGAGGUCUGGAAUACAGGCUUCAGAUGUUUAAGGGUGGGCCCAAAGGAUGGGGUCUGCACACAAUGGAGUUCAUCCCGAAAGGGCGCUUCGUGUGCCAGUAUGCAGGAGAGGUCAUUGGUUUGGCUGAAGCUCGCAGAAGAUUGCAAUCCCAGAAGCCUGGUGAUAUGAAUUACCUCAUAGCAGUGAAGGAGCACAUAGACGGUGGAAAAAUGAUUGAAACUUUUGUAGACCCGGCUGUUGUUGGAAAUGUGGGAAGAUUCCUCAACCACUCCUGCCAGCCCAAUUUGUUCAUGGUACCUGUACGUGUGAACUCAGUGGUGCCCAAACUGGCGCUGUUUGCUGGGCGGGACAUCCUGGCAGGGGAGGAGCUGAUGUACGAUUACUCGGGAAGGUAUAAAAAUGUGACUGAAAAAGCCUCAGUUCAAGAAACGACAGACAUUGACCUCGUGGAACGCAAACCCUGUUACUGCGGAGCCGAGACCUGCAGUGGUUUCCUGCCUUUUGACAUUUCUGUCAUGAACAGUGGUUAAAUAUCCAUUUAAAAUUCAAUUGUAAUUUAUUAUUAACACAUGUGUUAAUUAACAUGCAAGUGCAGAGUAGACAAACUGGUAUUGCUGUUCUCAAUGGGUUCUUUUUCUUCUAGAAUAUUCAAUGAUAGGUAGAUGGACUGAUAGAUGUAGGAAUUGAUCUUCUUAUAUCGAGUGGAUGCUGUAGAUAGGUCAUCCAUAACUCUAAAACUCAAUAGUGCUACAUUUAGAAAUACUAAAAGAAACGGAAUACAUUCAAUGACAAACGUUUUGACUAGAAGUCUUUCUCGGUGUCUUCAAUGAAAAAGACUUGAAACGAUUGAAACGAUUGUCCCAGAAUAUGCUGUCUACAUUUUACUGUAUACUGCGCUGUUGGUGCUAGUUAUAUGACUCAGUACUGGCUUAUCUAUGCAAAAUAAACAAGAUUCUAUUAUUUGUGUACAUUUACAUGCAAACAACCAUAUUUAAUACAGGCUAGGAGAGAUGUCAUGUUUAUAUUAUUAUUAUUUUAAUAAUCAGCACAAUCUAUACAUUUCUAGCGAUGUUACAGUGUAUUCCAGGGAAAGUAUGAUUUGCGGUACACUCAAGAUGUGUUGCUGAAUCAAUACAGGUGUUACUGGUAAAUUCACAGAAUAAAGAAGAAAUGCUGUUGUUACUCAUUCAUUUGUUCUACAGUUACACAAAGGCAGGCAUAGCAGGUGUUAAGUGAAGCUCUCACUGUAAAGGUACUGAAAUGCAUCAGAUAUGACAAGUUCAGCUGCAGUCAUGAGGGGAGCAUGGUAAGUAAUAAAGGGUAGGAAAUGGAUUUUAAAACCUCAUUGUUCAUCAAUGUGUUCAGUAGGGCAAUGGUGUCACAUGGCCUUGUUCCCUUGGAGUAGGGUUAGUAUGGGUUAGUGACGAAGACCAUCGAAGAGCGCUUUCUCUUUGGAACUGAAACCUGUGACACAGUGGUUUGAGUUACAGUGUGGCAUUGUCCUGCAUUAUGAGUAGAGUGCUAAUAUGUAUUGUAGGACUGGGCACAGCACAGGUAACAGUGACAGUACAAGUUAUAAGCACCACAAAAUAGGGCCAUUUACCAUUAAAGUGUGACCGAGAGCAAACGAAAUGUUAUUCUUAUCCUGGAUAUACUUUAAUAAAAAGUUACAGAACUCACUCAAUGUGACACCAAAUGCGUCCUCAUUUUAAUGCAAGCAAUCCCCACGGAGAGUGAACCCACAUAUCAAAGUUAUACUUAAAAAAAUAAACCAGAACUAGACAAAAAUGGGACAGUUUCACAGGAGUUUGCAGGAUGGUGAAUUUAAGAAUGGUUUUCAGAAGUAGGGCAGCACUAUAAGAUAAUGUAAUAAUACCAGUUACUUUAGAAGAACACCCAAAGGUUCAUUUUUAAUUGCACUAGUCUGUAGGGAUUCUAGUAAUAUACCACAAGAUGAAAUGUGUCAUGAUUUAACUGGCUUCUUUGUGUUGUAGUUUUCAAAAAACGGUCCCCAGUAACAAUUAUUUAGAUUCUAAAAGCAGUCGUUAAAGAUUAUUUCCUAUUUUUUGUUCAAACAGGAUAUGCAAAUGAUUGUGAAAUCUAUAGGAUUAUAUUACUGAUUAGAAAAAAUGCAUAAAA